AUGGCGCCCGGCGACGGCGUCGAGAUAAACGUCCCGCCUGGACCGCCGCAUUACCAGGGCAUAGCGCCGCCGCUCCCGCCCGGCCAUCACCUGCCGCCGGUGCCCGACCCACGCGACCCGAGAGAUACGCUGGGUGACCGCGUGCCGGAUGAUAGGAUUCUGGCGGACGAGUAUCAGGACAGGGUGCGGAGAGACCGCUAUGAAAGGAACGGAUACUAUCGGCGGAAGCGCCAUCGGCAUUAUCGUCGCCACCAUGGAGGACAUCGACGCCGCCGUAGGCGCCGCAAGCGACACCAUGAGGAGCAUGGGGAGCAAGGACAGCACCGGCCGCACGGCGAGGAAGGGAGCGGGGACGACGAGAGUUCGUCUAAGAAGAGUCACAAGUCGAAGAAGAAGUCGAGCGAUAGUGACAGUGACAGCAAGAGUGAUUCAAGUUCGAGUGGGGGCAGAAUCUUCACAAAGAAAAAGGUCGCCAAGGCUGGCCUUGCCACUCUACUUGCGUUCGGGGUUGGCCUUGCGGCGAAAAAAUUACUGUCGAGUAAGAAGAAGAAGAAGGAACGGGCAAAGCUGGAGAGUGGUGGUGGUACCGAGGGAGACUCAGAUAACGAAGGGGGCGCGGAAGAUGAAAGUCUACCCGGUUACUAUGCAGACCCAGUCUAUCGACCGCCGCCUAUUCCUGCUACAAGCUUAUUCAAUGUCAGGGUCCCUCCCAACCAAGUCUGCAUUGUUGAAAGGGGGGGGAGGUAUCAUCGCAAGCUCAAUUCUGGUAGUAAUUUCGUCAACCCUGUGAGCGAUAAGAUUGCAUAUUGCCACUCGAUGAAGGAAUUGGCCGUACCUGUCCCAUGGCAAGAGUGCUUUUCGAGCGACAACGUCCCAUUCAGAGCGAAUGCCAUGCUCUACAUGCGUGUUGAAGAUCCUGUGGCCGCCUCUUAUAGCGUCGACAACCCAUACCAUUCCAUUGUGCUUCUUGCGCAGACCUUGAUUAGAAAUCAAAUGGCAAGAUAUACGAAAGAGAGAGGCUUUCAGGACAGGAUUCGAAUUGGUGAUCGCAUCUUGGAUGAGAUUAAUGACACAUGUCGCGCGUGGGGAGUUCGGUGUCUCAAGUUUGAAUUACGCGACCUAGAAGUCCCGAUGGAGAUUCAGGAGCGCCUUGAAGAGGAAGAGGAAGAAGAGAGGCAGCAUCGUAUGGCUGAAUUGCAGGCUGAGGCUGAUCGAAUCGAAGCCGUCAACACAGCCGAAGCAGAGUUUCAAGCACAAGUGAAGGCUUCUCAAGCGCGUCAGCUGGAGAUUGUUAAUCAAGCCAUCGGAGAAGCCCAUGCCAUUGAGGAAAGAGGAGAAGCAGUUGCAAAUGCUUUGAGGGGUGUUGCACAAGUGGUGAACGAGCCAGGAGGGCAAGAAGCCAUGCAAAUGAGAUUAGCAGAGCGGUUUAUUGAUGCGUAUUCGCGCGCGACAAGUGCGCCGACUGUUGCUCCCCCAAAUCCAAGCAAUGUUGCCUCCAACAUGAACAAUGCUAUCGGGUUGUUGAAUACUCUUGGUGAUAACGACCCUUCAGUGCAGAUCCCGAACAUACCGAUGCGUGCAAGCGCAAAUCCAUUUGUUGAGAAGCCAAAGGUUCCGAGUAGGCCCAAACCCACCGCACGUCCUGGUCAUAAGAAACCAGUGGGCUACCCUGGCAGUCCGCAACAAAGUGAAAUCCCCGCACCUGUGAAGGUUGUGGGUCCAAUCACAGCGACUGCCAAAGUACACGAAAGUGACCUCAGUAGCGAAAGCGAUCGAAGGUCACACGUGGAGUCUGACGACCCGAAGUCAAAGAUUCAGAACGCAAAGCUCAAGCCCCGCAUUGCUAGCAGUCACGCGCGACCGGGUCGGGCCGCUCCGAGACGAGGGUCUAACCCAGAAUCGUUGUCUGACAGCCGUGAAUCACGACGUCGCCCCGCCAGUUCUACACCACCGCGAAGUGACCAAAAAGCCAAGCCAAAACCUCAUGCACACAAAGACACCUUGAAGAAAAUUCAAGCUGGUCUAGAAGAUAAGUUUGGAAGUAUUCAGGACACAGUGGAGGGUCUCAUUGAUAGAUUUUAACGUAUGUUUGCUUUGUGCAAUUAGUUCAUUCUUCGUUAGUUGGUCUUUGAAUUUGCUUUUCACACAGUGCUUCAAUGCCGUAAAGAAUGGAAAUAGCAUAUCCAACACCAAGUACAACGGCCCCUUUUCGGGGCACGUGCUUGACGAAUGUUUGGAGCUCCUCGAAGCCAAAAGAGUAAAACUUCGCUGCCUGCACAAAUGGCCAUUCUCUUG